AUGGCGGAUAACUCUGAGAAAGUACCGAUCGCGUCGGCGGGACCAGAGGACGUGCAGCAGUUCAUGCCUCCAGCGUAUUCAACCGUGGCGGUGAAGCCCGCGGCCAAAGGGCACGCUCUGAAGGCCGGGAUCGCGGUGCUCAUUGCCGGGACCCUGCUGGUCCUCUUGGGGGCCGUGGGAGCAUUCUACUUCUGGAGCAACAAUGAAAAACACGUCUACAAUGUCCACUACAGCAUGAGCAUCAAUGGCAAAGUGGAGGAGGGCACGAUGGAGAUCGACACAGAGAACAACAUGGAAAAGUUCAGCACCGGCAGUGGAGCGGAAGAGGCCGUGGAGGUCCACGAUUUUGAAAUUGGAAUCACUGGCAUCCGGUUUUCAGGGGGUGAGAAGUGCUUCAUCAAGACCCAGGUGAAGGCCCGCCUUCCAGAUGUGGAGGGUCUUGACAAGGACUCACUGACCUUCGAUUUGGAUGAUGAGGUGAUGCCAGCCAAAUUUGAAGAUGACCUUGUAUGGGUGGCUUCUGGUGCGCCUCUUUCCGACUCCACGUUUCUCAGCAACAAGAUCAAGGAUUUGUGUGGAGAUCUGCCAAUCUUCUGGCUACGUCCCACCUACACUACUAGCGGACAAAGGAAAACAAGGGCUGCCCCCCGGCACCGCCGUCAGGCACCCAUGGAUGCGGAAGAAGAGGAUGUAGAGGCAGAGUUCAACCCGGAGAACCCUUAUCAGAAUAACCUUGCGGGAGAGGAUACCAUGCAGAUUGACCCCAGGUUGGACCACGAGGGCGUUUGCUGCAGCGAGUGCCGUCGCAGUUACACUCACUGCCAGAGGAUCUGUGAGCCACUGGGGGGUUACCACCCGUGGCCGUACCAUUACAGAGGCUGCCGAGUGGCCUGUAGGGUGAUCAUGCCUUGCAACUGGUGGGUGGCUCGUAUUCUGGGUAUUGUGUAA